AUGUCGCAGAGAUACGAUCAGUUCAUUGCAAAUGACGUGACAUCGAAUAAAUCUAAUGUCACGAGGCAAAUGCUUGUGAAGGAGUAUAAGAAGAUAGGCCACGGUGCGUUUGGAACAGUUGUGCAGGCUUAUUUGACGCCUGAUAACAACAAAUGGUAUGGUCCAUUCGCAAUAAAGAAAGUUCCUGCACAGACUGAAUAUAAGUCAAGAGAAUUGGAGAUUUUGAGAAUUGCAGACCACCCCAAUGUUGUCAAAUUGGAAUAUUUUUUCACACAUGUUUCACCAACAGAUAACAAGGUCUAUCAGCAUUUGGCCAUGGAGUGUCUUCCUGAGACACUCCAAUUGGAAAUCCAUCGCUAUGCAUCGAAUAAGUUAGAGCUCCCAUUGAAGCACAUAAAGCUCUACACGUACCAAAUCGCUCGGGGGAUGUUGUACUUACAUGCCCUCGGAAUAUGUCAUAGAGACAUUAAACCUUCGAACAUUCUCGUGGAUCCAAACACAGGAGUUUUAAAGAUUUGUGACUUUGGUUCAGCAAAGAAAUUAGAACAGAAUCAACCAUCUAUUAGCUACAUUUGCUCGAGAUUUUACCGAGCGCCAGAACUUAUUGUGGGUUGUACGCAAUACACUACCCAAAUAGAUAUUUGGGGAUUGGGCUGUGUCAUGGGUGAAAUGCUGAUAGGAAAAGCGGUCUUUCAGGGACAAGAACCUCUCUUGCAAUUACGCGAAAUUUCCAAGCUUCUUGGACCUCCCGAUAAAAAGUUCAUAUUUUUCUCUAAUCCUUCAUACGAUGGCCCCCUUUUCUCUAAACCAUUGUUUAGCGGAUCGGUUCAGGCUCGUUUUGAGAAGCAUUUUGGCCAUGCCGGACCAGAAGGUAUUGAUCUGCUGAUGAAAGUCUUAGUUUAUGAGCCAGAGCGAAGACCAUCGCCCAGAAGAAUCUUGGCUCACCCAUUCUUCGACGACUUGCGUAGGGAACGCUAUUUCUUCCCUCGUGGACAUACACAGCCGAAAUAUCUGCCCCCGCUCUUCGACUUUUCCCAAAUCGAGAUUCAGGUAAUCGGAGACCUCGCAUCUCAGGUUAUGCCUAGUGAGUGA